GCGGGGGGGGGGCUGGUGUAGCGGGGGGGCGGAGAGCACGUCUGUCGCAACCAAGAGCAUUUGAAAUCAAACCAUUUAAUCAGAGAAGCAGAGAUGGCUGGGGUGAACGGCGACCGCAAAGGAAAGAAGGACGACAACGGGAUAGGCGGCGCCAUCGACUUCAUGCUGUCUAACGCCAAGCUGGUGCUGGGCGUUGGAGGUGCAGCCAUGCUGGGCAUAGCAACACUAGCAGUCAAACGAAUGUAUGAUCGAGCCAUCAGUGCCCCCACCAGCCCCACCAAGAUGGACCAAUCAGGGAAGAGGAGCUGGGAGGAGCCAAGUUGGAUGGGCUCGUCUCCAAGGGUACUGAACCAGGACAUGAAGUCGACAGUGAGCCGCUCCCUCCAGUCCCUGCCCACCUCCUCCCAAUCAUCUGAACCAGACUGCAUGCGGAGGGCGGCGGGGCGCGGAGCGGCCGGCCAGACGGACAUGCUGCGAGCGCGGAUGCGUCUGUCGCUGCAGGAGCGUCUGUGGGAGUUCCACCAGGAGCGGGUGGCCAUCCCUGCAGAGGAGCAGGUGGCCGCACGGAGGGCAGCUCUGGACAUCUGUGCUGAGCUCAGGGUCUUCCUCCACGCUAAGCUGCCUGACAUGCCCCUCCGGGAGAUGUACCUGAGCGGGAGUCUGUACGACGACCUGCAGGUGGUGACAGCAGACCACGCCCAGCUGAUGGUGCCCCUGGUGCUGGAGAAGAACCUGUGGUCGUCAGUGCCUGGGGAGGACACCAUCAUGAACAUCCCAGGGUUCUGGCUGCUCCGCAGGGAGAACCUGGAGUACUUCCCCCGGGGGAGCAGCUACUGGGACCGCUGCAUGGUGGGGGGUUACCUCUCCCCCAAGUCUGUCCUGGAGCUGUUCGACAAGCUGGUGGCUGGAUCCAUCAACUGGCCAGCCAUCGGGAGUGUUCUGGACUACGUGAUCCGGCCGGUGGUGCCGUCUGAGACCCUGACGCUGGAGGUGCAGUACGAGACAGACCGCCGGCUGUACGUGGACUUCCUGCCGCUGUUGGUGAUGGAGGACGGAGCCUCGCUGAUCGCCAAGCCCCACCGCAUGAUGGCUGAGCGCCACGACAACCUGUGGAGGCAGAGCUUCCGCGUGGCGGAGACGGCGCGGCUGCGGGCGCUGGACCAGGAGGACGGAGGCUGCCGCUGCACCUGCCUCAAGGUGGCCAAGGCCGUGUGCAAGCUGAACCCCGCCCUGUCACGCCUCACCGCCAGCCAGCUCACCAACACCAUCCUGCUGCUGAGCGAGAAGGAGGGCGACUGGACCCAGGAGGCACUGGCUGACCGCUUCCUGCAGCUGCUCCGCUCGUUAGUGGGCCACCUGGAGGCUGGGCGGCUGCCCUGCGCUCUGGUCCCCAGGGUGGACCUGUUCUGCGAGCUCACGCCCCAGGAGGUGGACGAGCUGGGGUACACCCUCUACUGCGCACUCUCGGACCCGGAGGACCUGCUCAGGACUGCCGGGCCGCCAUGACGACCUGCCACGGCAACCAAGAGCGCACCUGAGGUGGUGUGUGAUGCAACGUGGACAUGUAUCCGAGCACAUCAUCACAAGCUGUCCAGAAGGAAGGCUCCGGACUGUCCUGCAGACGGACGGCAGGAUCUCUAGACUAGCUCUGGGGCUUUUUGCUUUUGUAUUCACCUGUGUGUGACAGCAGCAGCACCUGGUGUUGCUGUGUUCAGCCAUAUCUGAAGAUCUACAAACCGGUCUAACCUCAGCCCAGUCCAGGUCACGCCUCUUUUGGUCAACAAAAACCCUCUGGUUCACACAGGCUGUUUCGUUUGGUGCUGUUUGUUUGUUUGUUUAAGUUGGUGAUUGUAAAACAGGGUGACACACACAUAUAACUAAUCUGGAAUGAAAUAAAGAUGAUAUUUAAUGUUAAUUUAUGAGUGGAUGGAAAUCCACUUGAGUCUUUUUUAAGUAAUUUGGUCACGAUUGGUUACGAGUGAUUUCAAACACUGAAGUUGUGGAGGGAAUGUUAGCCUUGCCUGUGAAACAUCGUCUUCAUCAACAGACAGACAACCGACAUGUGGCCCAACCAUACGAUGUGAGCUUAACGCUUCAUGUUUUUGGAUUUAUGAUUAUUAGUCAACAACACAAACCCUACAACUGUGGACAGGUUAGACCUGUUCCUGCUGCAUGACCCUGUGUGCCCCUCAGCACUGUGUGAAAGGAUGAACAUGGCCCUGUCUGCCCCUCAGCACUGUGUGAAAGGAUGAACAUGGCCCUGUCUGCCCCUCAGCACUGUGUGAAAGGAUGAACAUGGCCCUGUCUGCCCCUCAGCACUGUGUGAAAGGAUGAACAUGGCCCUGUCUGCCCCUCAGCACUGUGUGAAAGGAUGAACAUGGCCCUGUCUGCCCCUCAGCACUGUGUGAAAGGAUGAACAUGGCCCUGUCUGCCCCUCAGCACUGUGUGAAAGGAUGAACAUGGACCUGUCUGCCCCUCAGCACUGUGUGAAAGGAUGAACAUGGCCCUGUCUGCCCCUCAGCACUGUGUGAAAGGAUGAACAUGGCCCUGUCUGCCCCUCAGCACUGUGUGAAAGGAUGAACAGAAUAUGAUGCUCUUGUGGGUCACCAGGAAAGCAAAUAUUUGACCAUAAGAUUAGAGAGUAAUCUUAUGCUCAUUUAUUUGACUAUAGUUAUGUAGAGUCUCUUGAGACAUUUCUGAGUUAAAAGAAGAACAAAGUCUCUGUUCAGCCCUGUUAAAUCAUUAUUUUCCCUGCUUUACAAAAAAACACCAGUUAGGCUUCAGUCUCCCAGAGUGGAGGGGUCGUCAUGGUGACUAAACGAACUAUGAGUCUGCUGAAGCUGGUGAUUUGCGAGCAGCAGAAAAGUCCUUGAUCUAAAAGUUGGAUGAAAGAGUUGUUAAACGUAGUCUGUUUAGGGCUGUAUCCUGUUUGCAUGAGUACCCUGAUGUCUCUUACCCUAAAGCUCUGUGCUGUCUAGUUCUAAUGUCAGAUGUCAUGUUUAAAGGUUUAUAUAUGCAUACCUGGUUGUUAUACAACAGAAAAUUGAACAUGGCAUCUUCAUCAAAGUUCUAACAUUGUGUUUUUCAAAACUCUUCACCCAUGUAAUUGUCUUGAUUUUAAGAUGUGCAACAUCAAUAAGACACUAAGCUGUUUAUCAACAGAGUUGCAAAAGGAGGUCGUGAUCAGGGUGCUGAUUGGGUGGUUCCUUGAUGGCAAGGUGCAACAUUGUUGCAAAACAAUUGGGACAUCAAGUUUACUAAAGAACUCACUUCCUGAUCUGACCAGAGCUCAUGGGGCGCAGCGUUAGGAUUGUGAAUGCCAAUGAUAUUAUCUCCUCCUGUUAACAGAAGGAUAGAUCCUUUUAAGAAUAUGCAUCUGAGUCCAAUAUAUUUGAACGUGUGGUUCCAGAGGUCAGUGAGGAGACCCUGAUCUGCAGGAGCUUCAACAGAGUCACAUGCUUCAUUGAUCUCCUGUCAGUUUGCCAGCUUGUGUAAGUGUGUGUAUACGACACUAAAGGGGAGGUGGGUUUCUGCUAGCUCAGUCUACACUGGCGGCUCAUCUAGUAAGUGAGGACGGAAGGUUUGCUGUCCAACCUGGGAGGACGUGAAGGUGUUCAUCUAGUGUUGUCUGGGACGCUGGCCAGCUGCUUGGAUGAUGGUUACUGAAGCAGGUUGUGUCGACGUGUCGUCCCUUCAGCUGGUCAAACCUGGACCUCUCGCUCUCCUACGUAGGGUUAAUCAUUAUACAGGCAAUCCCCUCGAAUACGUUUAGGAUGUUACUCAAGCCGUAGGAUGAGGAAUACUGGGCCUGUUACAAGCCGUAGGAUGAGGAAUACUGGGCCUGUUACAAGCCGUAGGAUGAGGAAUACUGGGCCUGUUGUCUCAAUACCACAACAAUUACGAAACAAUUCUAGUCGUGGAGACGUGUUAGUAUUUUUGUAUUUAUUGUACAUUUGUAACCAAAAAAAAGAGUAUUUAUGUUUGCAAAGAAUACAACACACUGUGCUUAAUAAGGGUGCUGUUCAUAAGGGUGAAGCAGUCGUGGGUCUUAGUUUUUUUCUUUAUUUUUUUAAGUGUUGAAAUUGGAGUCUUCCUUCGCUUACAGACCUGACUAAAGAUAUAAACUUUGGUGAGGUAACUGUGCCACAAGUUUGUGACGUUUGUCUGUUGGUGUCAAGAAGCCCAAAGUGCUGUCUCCUCCAGCUUGGGGGCUCAGCCUAGAUAUGUGCUUGCAUGCAAUGUAUCGUUUUUUAUUUGUGACUCAUUUUCUAUUUAAUUUGAGUUGUCUGGAACUGAAUGGUACACACAGCACUUUGUAACUCCAAUAAAUGCUACGACGUAUGUUCAG